UUUAAUGGUAAUUUAUUUGUUUUGUCAUCGAUUACCUAUCGACUAGGUAUUUAAAAUUCAAAUAACUACAAAUAUCGCAAUCGACAUAUAAUUGGGUGAUCCAUUAUAUGUAUUAUGUGAAAUAUCAAAUAAUGGCAAUGACUAUCAAAGCAAAGUUCUGUUAAAUUGAAUAGUAAAUUGUGCCCAUAAUAUUUGUUAAGUGUUAUGAGUUUAAACUACAGAUCUGAAGCUAUUUUUCUAACAUGUAUUUUGAAUUGAAUCAUGAACCUGUAGUUCUUACCUUACUAAUAAUAUCAGUUAAAUGAACUGACUCAAUAAUAAAAAGUAAGCACUAAUGGAUUUGACUAACAGUGAAAAUAAUUAUAAGAAUUCAUAUAUAAAUGGGUUAUGCUAUAUUGGAAAUUUGUAAUGACCUAUUAAACUCAAUUGACAUAAUUAAGUAUUAGGUAUCUAUUUGUAACAAUUGCACAUUUGCACUAUACUAGUAAUAGUGAUGGCAUUUGGUAUCGUUGAUUAUAUUGUGUUUGCAAUAAUGUUGGUAAUGUCAGCUUCAAUAGGCAUUUACUACAGAUUUACUGGUGGUAAACAGAAAACAACACAAGAAUACAUGCUCGGUAAUAAAAAUCAAGGCAUUGUACCAGUUGCAUUUUCGUUGAUGGCCAGUUUUAUGUCUGCUAUAACAUUAUUUGGCGUGAGUGCAGAGAACUAUUACCAUGGUACACAAUUUGUUGCUAUUAAUUUAUCUUAUGUCUUGGGAACUCCAAUAAUUGCAUACAUAUUUUUACCCGUAUUCUUCAAACUUGGAAAUUUAUCUGUUUAUGAAUACUUAGAAAAAAGAUUUGGUCGAUUGACUAGAACUUUUACAUCUAUGGCAUUCAGCAUGCAAAUGAUACUUUAUAUGUCAAUAGUUUUAUAUGCACCGUCAUUGGCUUUAGGUGCUAUAACUGGAUUAUCCUUAACCUCUUCUAUUAUACUAGUGGGUUUAGUAUGUGUAUUCUAUUCAACAAUUGGAGGAAUUAAAGCAGUUAUUAUUACAGACGUAUUUCAAUCAUUACUUAUGUUUGCUUCAAUAUUUGCUGUAAUUGGAGUUGCUAUGUAUGAAACUGGUGGAAUAUCAGAAAUUUGGAAGAUUGCUGAUAAAUAUGGACGAAUUGAAUUUAAUAAUUUUAAUAUAGAUCCCACCCAAAGACAUAGUUGGUUUAGUCUGGUGAUUGGUGGUAUGUUUACCUAUGUUUCGUUGUAUGCAAUUAAUCAAACACAAGUACAAAGGUAUUUAACUAUGAAAGACUACAAUACAGCUGUGAAAUCUUUAUGGUGUAGCUUACCUCUUUUGUCAUUACUAUCUAUUUCAACAAGUUUUUCUGGGUUGGCAAUGUUUUCAAAAUACCAUGACUGCGAUCCUAUCAAGUCUGGUCGUAUAUCACGUGGAGAUCAGUUGAUGCCUUUGUACGUAUCAGAUACUAUGGGAUCAGUUCCAGGAUUGACUGGAUUAUUCGUUGCUGGUAUAUUUUCAGCUGCAUUAAGUUCUGUUUCACCAGUGCUUAAUUCUUUAGCUGCAGUUACAAUGGAAGAUUAUCUUAAGCCUUUUAUGAAACAAGAGAUUUCAGAUAAAAAACGAGUAUUUUAUAUGAAAAUGUUAGUCCUUGCUUAUGGUGCAAUUUGUUUAAUAUUAGCUUUUUUGAGUCAAUAUUUGGGCUCAAUACUUCAAACUUCAUUGGUUAUAUUUGGAGUGAUUGGUGGACCAGUAUUAGCAGUAUUUACAUUGGGAAUACUAUUACCUCAUGUCAACCAAAAAGGUUCAUUAACUGGACUUAUAAUAGGCCUAGUAUUUUCAUUUUCUAUUGGGUUUGGUAGACCUGCAGACAAAAAUUUGUCAACAUACAUAAAUGGAUGCCCAGGGCUAAAUGAAACUCUUCAAUUAUCUUCCUCGUUACAUGAUGAGUUACCAAAAGACAAUUAUUAUUAUUGGUACCGCAUCAGUUAUUUGUACUGUAUAGUUCUUGGGUUUAUGGUAACAUUCUUAGUUGCACUUGUGGUCAGUUCAAUUUUCAAAGAAGCACAUUGCGAUAAUCCAGAUUUGUUUACACCAUUUGUAGCCGGACGAUUAAGAAAGCGUGGAUUAUUAUUGAAAAAAAAUUUUAUCAAAAUGGAUAUAAAUUAUCCAGAUGAGUUAAAUCAUAUUUUAAGUUGAGAUGGAUUUGUUACUUUAUUUUUUUUCAUUAUACAUUGUUGAAGAUCUUUUUACAU